GACCUUCCCUCGAUCGUCUGCUAGUUGCCUAGUGACCUCAAUGAUGGUUUCCUGCUUUUCAAAAUCCAAUCUUCCCACUACGACAGCGUCCAACUUUUAUAGAACACGAUUCAUGAUUUUUGCAGACCUUUUAGUUGCCCGAUGGGUCGCAUAAACACGUAUCCUUUCGGAGCGAGUGUUGAGUGACCUAUGUGUCGUCCGGCCCGGUUAUGAAGAAUCUUGAAGAAAGAUGGAUAAUUAUAUUUUUAUCAGGGUGGUUGGGAAAGGGAGCUACGGGGAGGUGAACCUGGUGAAGCACAGAAUAGACCGAAAACAGUAUGUCAUAAAGAAGCUGAAUUUGACCACCUCCUCAAAACGGGAACGUCGUGCUGCAGAGCAGGAGGCUCAGCUUCUGUCCCAGCUCAGACAUCCCAACAUCGUAACAUACAGGGAAUCCUGGGAAGGAACAGACCUCCAGCUUUACAUAGUGAUGGGCUUCUGUGAAGGAGGCGACCUCUACCACAGACUCAAACAGCAAAAGGGAGAGCUGCUCCCAGAGCGGCAGGUCGUGGAGUGGUUUGUCCAGAUUGCCAUGGCACUCCAGUACCUUCAUGAAAGGAACAUCCUUCAUCGGGAUCUUAAAACACAGAAUAUCUUUCUGACAAAAACCAACAUAAUCAAAGUUGGGGACCUUGGCAUUGCAAGAGUAUUGGAGAACCAGAAUGAUAUGGCUAGCACACUUAUCGGGACCCCUUACUACAUGAGUCCAGAGCUCUUUUCUAAUAAACCCUAUAAUCACAAGUCAGAUGUGUGGGCCCUGGGUUGCUGUGUGUAUGAAAUGUCGACACUAAAACACGCCUUCAAUGCCAAGGAUAUGAACUCGUUGGUCUACCGCAUUGUGGAAGGAAGGCUACCGCAGAUGCCAAGUAAAUACGACCCCCAGCUAGGAGAGUUGAUCAAGCGCAUGUUGUGUAAAAGGCCAGACGACAGACCAGAUGUCAAACUCAUCCUUCGGCAACCUUACAUCAAGCGACAAAUUGCCAUGUUCCUGGAGGCCACCAAGGAAAAAACGUCUAAGUCAAGAAAAAAAGUUGCUGGUGGCAGCAUUGACAUCAGAAACAACGAUGUAGCUAUUACGGCGCAGCCUCAGACAAAACCUGAGCGACUUACUCCAAGUCCUCAGCCGGAGCCCAUUCCCAGGUUGAAACAGAAAGACAAAUCACAACUGCCCCCAAAUCACAAUGGUCCUAUAGACUGCAACCCAGUUCCGCCCAGGCAAUCUUCACCCGAUCCUCUCAAAAGCAGCAUUACAUCCAUGGCAACCAUCGACAAAAUCCAAGUUGACAUGUAUCCACAGGAGGAUGGAGAUGCCUUACAGAGGCCAUUAGAGACACCUCGAUUAGCUGCGGCACACCAACAGCUUGAGAAGAAGGAGCCCUCUCCCCCUCCUCCACAUGCUAAGCCCCCACUAAAGCCGCCGUCAGCAGCUGGCAAAAGAGGAGCGGAUGAGGGAAAAGUAUCGAAUGGGUUUCGUCCGUUUCGGGACACCUAUUCCGUCUUUGAUAAAAAGAUGGCAGCUAAUGAUGAAAAGGAGGACACAAUGGAGCUCCUUCGAGAAGCUAACAUGCAGGAUCCAAAACUUGAAGUGGAGCAAGGUAGUGAGCUUGAGAAGAGAUCUACUCAAAGAAUCCCCUCAGAAAAAAUGGAGAUGAAUAUUGAGUGUAAAAGUGACUCAGUGAAACCUGUCAAUGGAGCUGGAACGCAACAAGACAAUUUGGAAUCUACAGAAAAGCUCCUCCAACCAUUCCCUCCAACAGUUGAACCUCCUGAACAAGACUUUCCGUUACAAAUCAACAAACAGAAUGUAAGCAGUGCUCCGGUUCUCACAGCCAAAGAACCUGCUGUCUCACUUGAGUUGAGUGGGAGGGACACAAGACACACAGAUGGGGAUCAACAGAAGGCAAAACCUCGCCGGCCCCUGCCUCCUCGUCCUAUCGAAACAUUGUUAGAACCUAGGAGGGGAAGCACACAGAGCAAUAAAUCAGAGAAUGAAAUAUUGAAAUCUUGUGGGGAUGGAUUAUUUAAUUUGCCAAAGGAGCGUCCUCUCUCUGCUCGAGAAAGAAGGAGACUGAGGCAAUCCCAAGACCCCGCCUCCCAGUCAGGUGCUGUAAGGUCAUCUUAUGAUGUUACCACUUCCAAGGCCCAACACUACAACAUCCCAGUUUCCAAUUCUGUUUCAGACUUUAUUACUCAGUCCAAUAAGCUUCAAAAGGAUGAAGAUGAGUAUGCCUCUUCCACAAGCUCCACAGAGCAUGCAGAAGGAGAUGGCAGGGAAAGGAGAGCCGAAUCCAAAGACAUGCAGGAUUUAGUCCACAUGAUGACCCAAACCUUGAGGAUGGAUGGUGGAAACGGCGUGAAUGAGGUGGACAAACAUGAAUGUGACGCUACGUUGUUGCCAGAAUUCAAACUUAACAGAAAGUACAGGGACACCCUUGUGCUCCACGGCAAGGCUCGACAGGAAGCGGAGAACUUGUCACUCGGUGAAAUCCCAAUAGGCUCCAAGUCAGGUCCAGCCAAGAUCAGGAGGGCCAUCGAGCACUUGAGAACUAAUGUUGUGAAGGGCCUGGGGGUCAAGCUCUUGGACAAAGUCCUGGAAACCAUGGAGGAGGAGGACGACGAUAAACGCGAACUGUGCCUUCGUCAGCAGAUGGGUGAUGACAAGUAUCACGCUUAUGCUGUGAUGGUGAGACAGCUGAAAUUCUUCGAGGAGGUCGCCUUCGAGGUUUAGAAAAAGAACACUUAAAGAAAGAACAACUGACUAGAGCUUUCACCAAUGAAGCAAGUGCCACUUCCUUUCUACAGUACAUAAAGAUUCUCAUUUGUCACUUUUUACAUUGACACCAUGCAAAACAAUGACAUGUACAUAACAUUAUUCAUAUCAUUAACUUCUAGUUUUGUAUUUUUCAUUAUGUCUAUGCAAAAAGGUUAAACUACGUUGACACGUAACGUGCUGUAAUCGAGUUCUUAGUUUGUUAAAUUAUUGCGUGAGCCAGAUACCAGUAAUAAUUAUUUUAGUCUUAUAGACAUGUUGUAUCAUAGAUAUUAACAAUAAAAUUAUUUCUGAUAAAGCCUUUCCAAAAAUA